CUGUCGAGCUCUCGUCAACGACAUGAUUCCGUUUUAGCCGAACCUGCUCCUGCUUCAGCCACAACUUCGUGUUCACGUGAUCUCGAUCAGCCUCAUUGCAAGACCUCUAAACGGAAUGCGCAGCGAGAUGUUCUUUUGAUUCGUCUGAAAAAGCUAAAAUAUGGCACUGAAGACGACGAUGUAGGGCAAAGAGCUGAAGACGUACCCCUCAUCAAUCAGCAACCCGAACGGACAAGCGAAAUCGGAGCAGUGAAUGAAAGGGCUGCUGAUCGAAAUCGUGUCUCACGAAGAGCGGACAGUUUGGUAAUUCCUCCUCCUGUACCUGCGAACAAACUAGUGAUUCCUCCUCCUCUACCAAAAACCGGCCCCAAGAGCAUCCACCGACGAGGAAAUGCCGUGGAUCCAAAGAAAAUACCAUCUCAAAAAGAUCAGAAUCCACUUCACAAAACACGUCGAAAAGGCAGUAGAUCCAAAAUCGACAAAGAACUCUACCAAACUCUGAAAGAAAUCAACUCAUUGACAGCUGAUCCAGUGUCGCUAUCAAAGGACGAAUCCUUGCCAGGAAACUUUCUCUCCUCGCAACCUCGAGCCUAUCAGUCUCGCACAGCUGUGCCAUCAAGGGGCAGGAGUGCGGGAGACGACCAGGUGUUUCAGAUUGACGGAUCGAUACGGUAUAUAUCAUCGGCCGAGAAGUCGUAG